AUGGUCACAUCAUCAAAUGAUGGCGCACGCCGGGACAGUGAUCCUCCAAGCCCAGGGACUAAGCCAUCCACACACAAAGAGGGAGAUCUGGAUAGAUCGCCAGCCUCGCGACCGACGACGUCCUAUUUUUCAUUGCCUCAUAGCUCUGAAACCCAUGAUAAAAAUGAACCCUCUGCAGUUCCUUCCUCUCCAGUCGAAGUUGCGAAAGGGGCUAGAUCUGGGAGGGAACUACUGAGGCGGUUGAGCCUCGUCGAUUCUUAUGGCACCGAUUCAAUGGAUGUCGAUCCUCGCACAGCUCAUCCAGGUCUCCGUCUUAGCGGAAAUAUUAUCAGCGCUACCUUCGCUAUUCCUUUUCAGCUCACGCAUGAUCCCAAAGGCCAUUGGGAUCUCACGUCUCGCCGUGGAACAUCGGCAUUAUUUGACUCUUUCGCUCAUCUCUCCUCAGACAAAACACCAUGGAAUCACACUUUGGUCGGUUGGACAGGCGAGAUACAGACAAAACCUUAUGCCCGUGCUGCAAGCAUCUUGCAGGAUGACGGUACUGCUAACGCGGCCACGCCGGCCUCAGUACCCAUCAACAAGUCUUCGGCCCCUUAUCCUCUAAAUGGAGCCCAUCCCAACCCUCGAGAACAUCCUCCCGACCACAUGACCAUCUCACGUUCGGAUAGAAAUCACUUGGAGAAGACCCUGAUAAGUCAUUCAUCCGGCCGGACCAUCCCCAUCUGGCUGGGUGAUGGUCCUGAGGAUGAAAACGGGGAUAUGCAUUUCAAAGACCAGAGCCGUUGGCGCAAAUAUGCUGAGCAUGAACUUUACACCCUGUUCCAUUACAGACAGCAUGGUCCUGAUGACGGCCGAACAGAGAAAACGUCCUGGGCGGACUAUGUACGCAUGAAUCAAACUUUCGCGGAUCGAAUCCUACACAUUUAUCAGCCAGGAGAUAUUGUCUGGAUCCACGACUAUCACUUGAUGCUACUGCCUAGUAUCCUCCGCCAACGGAUCCCCAAUAUCUACAUUGGAUUCUUCCUUCACAUUCCGUUCCCUAGCAGUGAAUAUAUGCGCUGUCUACCUCGGCGGAAAGAUGUCUUGGAAGGAGCUCUUGGUGCUACAAUGGUUGGAUUCCAAUCUUUCAGCUUCUCUCGACACUUCAACUCUUGCUGCAAGCGUAUUCUUGGCUUCGAAUCAAGCUCUGCUGGGGUCGACGCUUACGGCGCUCAUGUCGCUGUUGAUGUCUUCCCCAUUGGCAUUGAUGUCGCUUCCGUCCAGAGACAAGCGUUCGAGGAUCCCAUCAUUGAGGAUAAUAUGAAAGCUCUCAGAAAACUGUAUGCUGGGAAGAAAAUCAUUGUGGGUCGUGAUCGACUUGAUACUGUCAGAGGUGUAUCGCAGAAGCUAAUGGCAUUCGAAAUUUUCCUGGAUCGAUUUCCUGAAUGGCGUGACAAGGUUGUCCUUAUCCAAGUCACUAGUCCGACAAGUGUAAAAGAAGACAAGGUUGACGGGGCUCACAAAAUCGAGCAUAAAAUCUCUCACCUGGUGUCGAGAAUCAAUGGAGAAUACGGCUCUCUUAGCCACUCGCCCGUCCAACACUACCCACAAUACCUGUCCUCGCAGGAAUACUUUGCCUUACUCCGGGUUGCAGAUGUAGGGCUCAUCACAAGUGUACGUGACGGUAUGAACACUACAAGUCUGGAAUACAUCAUAUGUCAGAAGGACAACCACGGCCCCCUCAUCUUGUCAGAGUUCUCCGGAACUGCUGCCAGUCUGGGUAAUGCUAUGCAUAUCAAUCCUUGGGAUCUAGGUGGUGUGGCAGAGGCUUUGAAAGAGGCACUUGAAAUGCCUGAAUCACAGAAGGCGAGCGAUCAUCGAAAACUCUACAACUAUGUCAUCAGUCACACAGUUGCAACAUGGUCUAACAGCUUUCUAAGGCGUCUGCUGACCAAUCUCACAUCCUUUGCUCAAAGUGAUCUCACUCCGGCGUUGGAUCGUACUCGCAUGCUCACUCAAUAUGCCGCGGCGAAAAAGCGGCUUUUCAUGUUCGACUAUGAUGGUACACUGACACCGAUCGUAAAGGAUCCAAAUGCUGCGAUCCCUGCAGAUCGUGUCCUCCGUACACUGAAAGCUCUGGCCGCCGAUCCGCGCAACAACGUGUGGAUAAUCUCGGGUCGAGAUUCAGCCUUUUUAGAAGAGUGGAUGGGUCACAUAACCGAACUAGGGCUGAGUGCAGAACACGGCUGCUUUUUACGUCGACCUGGGUCAGACAGCUGGGAGAAUCUGGCUUCUAGCAUGGACAUGGGUUGGCAGAAAGAAGUCAUGGACGUUUUCUCCUACUACACGGAGCGGACACAGGGGUCCUGGAUCGAGAAGAAACGUGUUGCACUGACCUGGCACUACCGACAAGCGGAUCCGGAUUUUGGAGCAUUCCAGGCGAGAGAGUGUCGCAAGGCGCUGGAGGACAAUGUGAUGAAGAAUUGGGAGGUGGAGGUGAUGUCUGGUAAAGCAAACCUGGAAGUUCGGCCGCAAUUUGUCAACAAAGGAUUUAUUGCGACUAGGCUCAUCAACGAGUACGGGUACGAUGCUGGAGAGCCCCCUGAGUUCGUAUUAUGUCUUGGCGAUGAUCAAACCGACGAAGGUGAGUUACUCAGACAAACACUGUCUUUUGUGAUCAUGACCUUUGAAACUGACAUUUGUGGCUCUUUAGACAUGUUCCGUGCUCUGUUGAAGACGAAUCUACCGAAAGAGCAGGUCUUUGCAUGCACGGUUGGAGCGAGCAGUAAAAGGACACUCGCAAGCUGGCAUCUACUGGAACCUAGCGACGUCAUCGCAAGUAUUGCGGCGUUGAACAAGCAGGAAAACCUUUGA